CUCUUGUCUUCAACGCCUUGAGUUCAACGCUCCUGAUGGCCACCGCUAUAUUCUCGUGUCACUCGUCAAAUCCCCUGGACUUGGGCUCGGAUCCUCGCGCUCGCAACUUCGUACGAAAGCUUGAACACGACGGCGAAAUCGAGGAGUCUUCAGAUGAUCCCCUCGACCAGUUCGCGUAUGAAAAGCACGUCAGUCAGGUCACCCAAAACUAUCGGGCAGCGCACGACAUGUCCAUGUCUAGUGAUGAUGAACUUGCUCUGGCGGACACCACGAUGCAGGAGCCACCGAGGCUCGGGGACGAUGUAGACGCCGUGGGGGAGGAGGACAUAGCAAUGUACGAGGACGACGAGACGCAGGAGGUCAACGAAGAGGGUGGAGAAGACGAAGAUCACCAGAGCAACUACACCGAUCUCAUCCACGGCACCGACGAGGAGACGACCAUCCUCUCCAAGCCCCCCGCCGAGCGCGCCGACAUCGUGGCCGAGAUCGAGGACCUUACGCGGAACGUGCCCGCACUGGCGGAAGACUACGAGCUGCUGGACCGCCUCGGCACGGGCACGUUCUCGAGCGUGUACAAGGCGCUCGACAAGCACUACCACAGCAAGUGGGACAACCGCGCAUGGCAUGGGCACCAUCCGCCCGCUUCGAGCGCGCACUACCAGAGCGUGCGACGAGAGGGGCGCGUCUAUGUUGCGAUCAAGCGCAUAUAUGUGACCAGUGGCCCGGAGCGGAUACGGAAUGAGAUUGCGAUCAUGGAGGAGUGCAGAGGGUGCAGGCACGUCUCGCAGCUCAUCACGGCAUUCCGCCAUCAGGACCAGGUGGUGGCGAUCAUGCCCUACCACAGGAAUGAGGACUUUCGGGACUUCUUCCGCUAUCUACCCAUGCUGGGCGUCAAGCGCUACUUCCAAUGCCUCCUCCGCGCCUUACGCGACAUCCACUCCCGCAAUGUUAUCCACCGAGACGUUAAGCCUGCAAACUUCCUGUUCGACCCUCGCACAGGAACGGGUACACUCUGCGAUUUCGGCCUAGCAUGCAAGAUGGAAGGGCCAACAUCCACCUUUGGGCGAUGCUUCCACUCGCGAGCAACUCCAGAAUACCCACACGGCCGGAUGCUCACGCGAUCUACGAUGAACAUGGACAUCGAGUCGUACAAGCGCAUGCAACGUCAGGCGAGAGAGAAAAGCGCAGCGCCGUCAGAGACGGUAGGAUACCCAGCGCACGAUACCAGACCCGUCUCCAAAGCUAACCGCGCGGGAACAAGAGGAUUUCGCGCACCAGAAGUGCUCCUGAAAUGCACUGAUCAGACUGGGGCUAUAGACGUUUGGUCGGUCGGCACGAUCUUGCUGUUCUUCCUGACCGGCAAAUUCCCUAUCUUUCAGUCGAGCGACGACACGGAGGCGCUGAUGGAGAUUGCGGCGGUUAUCGGGAAGCAGAAGAUGGAGAAGGUCGCGGCGUUGCAUAGUCGGACCUUCGCAACGAACGUCCCGUCGAUAACAACGGAGGGCAUGUCGUGGGCGAGAUUCGUCGAGCUCAACAACCCGGACUACCGUAUACCGCGACCACCCGACCGGCGCUACUACCCCUACUACAAGUCACCUCUGGAAUACUACCGACAAGAGAGGGAGAACUCUCACCAGCCUCCUUCUUCCUCGUCUUCACCACCUCCACGCUCCUCCUCUCACCCCGCCUCUGACGACAACGUUGAUGACGACGAUAUUCGUGCGGACGCACCAGAGUCAGAGAUGCCGGAUAUCGAGAAGACGAGCCACGACGAGGAUAUUGACAACGCUCUUGACCUACUUGAGCAGCUGCUCAAGCCAUUAUCAACAGAGCGCAUCACACCGGCCCAGGCUCUGGACCACCCAUUCCUCCGCGAUCCAGACGAGCCAAGCGACGGCGAGUUCGCGCCACAUCGGUACGGGGAGGGCGUCUGCGCUGACUUGCACCGGCGGGACUCCGUCACGGGUGAACGCAUAGCCUAUGUCUGGGUUCCAGAUCCGAGGGGGCCAGAGGAGGGACCGGGGGGUGAGCGAGGGUUUAGGGAGGCGCGAUGUUUAGCGGCGGGGGAGGGGAUUGCGAUUGGGGACUUUCCGUGCGAGCUGCAUGCAGUCGACUUCGGGUUUGUGGACAGGGAGUAGAGAAGUACUCUAUUGUGUAGCUUAAUUAUCGUACAGUAAUUAUCAGCCAGUGCGGGACACCAGUAAGCAGUAUUGCAGGACG